UCUGCAGGGGGUUGGCAGUCCCGCGUCCUUCCCACUAGAUGGCAGCCUGGACACAUCUAGAAUGAAAAGGCUGGCGCACCCGCCUCUUAAAAUCUCACGAAACCGGAAUCAGCAAUGCCACCCACGGAGCCUGGACUCCACCUCCCACAGGGCCUUCUUCAGCAGGUGACUUCUCCUGCACCAAGCUCUGAACUCUGUCUCCUGAAGGAAUCUGGAGGACUGUGUGAACUCGCUAUUCUAAAGUUCUGCCAUGGGCCGACUGGAUGGGAAGGUCAUUGUCCUGACUGCUGCCGCCCAAGGGAUCGGCCGGGCUUCUGCACUGGCUUUUGCAAAAGAAGGAGCCAAAGUCAUAGCCACAGACAUCAAUGAGUUCAAACUCCAGGAGCUGGAAAAUUACCCAGGUAUUCAAACUCGAGUCCUUGAUGUCACAAAGAAAAAGCAAAUUGAUCAGUUUGCCUCAGAAGUUGAGAGAAUCGAUGUUCUCUUUAAUGUUGCUGGUUUUGUCCACCAUGGCACCAUCCUGGAUUGUGAGGAUAAAGACUGGGACUUCUCAAUGAAUCUCAACGUUCGUAGCAUGUACCUGAUGAUCAAGGCCUUCCUUCCCAAAAUGCUUGCUCAGAAAUCUGGCAACAUUAUCAACAUGUCUUCAGUGGCCUCCAGCAUCAAAGGGGUGGAAAACCGAUGUGUGUACGGUACCACCAAGGCGGCUGUGAUCGGCCUCACGAAGUCUGUGGCUGCCGACUUCAUCCAGCAGGGCAUCAGGUGCAACUGUGUGUGCCCAGGAAUGUGGAGACUCAAUUCGUUUCUGACGGGACUCCUGUGGGGACUCGCUGGGAUAACAGGAACGGUUGACACCCCAUCCCUGCAAGAAAGAAUACAAGCCAGAGAUCAUCCCAAAGAGGCACUGAAAGCUUUCCUAAACAGACAAAAGAUAGGAAGGUUUGCGUCUGCGGAAGAAGUGGCCUUGCUCUGUGUGUACUUGGCCUCGGAGGAGGCACAUCCCCAAAUGCUGCUUUCAGUUUGUUCUCAGCCAUCAGUUCAAGAGCCAAUGCUUUUAUAGACAGAUCUGUGGUCCUUUUGUUGGCUCAGUUGUCUGGUGCAGGCUGGGUAAAGGCUUGCACUGAGAACGAUUGUCCGGGCCUCACCCCUUAGAGUAUUCUUAUAUCUAUCCAGACUGCUUCCUUAACCAAUGGGAAUAACAUUUUCUUUUCCCCAAUCAGUAUUGAAAGCCACCUUGACAACACACCAUAUAAUAUGCACUUACUGUUUUUGCAGAAAUAAUCCCAAUAAGUAAAUUUCAAAUGCUGAAAAGCAUGAGGGGUUGUUUGUUUGUUUGUUUUAUUGAAAUCAUUAAUUUAUCCAGAAUGGCAGUAGGUCAAGUAGCUUUAGCAGAUGGUGACAAUUUCUUCUCCCUGCCCAGCUCCACUCCCUACCCUCACACAUUUUUUUCUCUCUCUCUUCUUUCCUUCCUUCCUUCCUUUUCCUUCCUUCCCUUUCUUUUCUCUUUUCUUUUCUUAAGACAAAGUCUCACUGUGUAGCCCAGGCUGGCCCGGAACUUAACAAUCCUCCUCCCUCAGGCCUCUGAUGCUGAGAUUGGAGGUGUUUUCCACCAUACCCAGUUACAAUCUGUUUUCUAAAGCAGAUUUUAUUAAAUGCUUCCAGACUGUCCUAGCUCUUUGUCACAGAUGGUCUAUAGGAAUGUCUUAAAAGAGCAGUGAUGUUGUGCUUUUUAAUCAUUGCAAUAUUGGAAGGGUCCUGUCCACCUUUUUUGGCUUUUCCAGACAGGGUUUCUCUAUGUAACAGCCCUGGUUGUCUGGACACACUUUGUAGAUCAGGCUGGCCUCGAACUCAACAGAGAUCCACCUGCCUCGUGUCCAUCUUUUUAAGGAUGCGUCUGGUGUGCAAGUUUGUGGAGUUCUUGAAACUAUUGUUAUAGGUACAUUUUAAGGAAAUUCUCAGGCAUGUUGGCAAAUGUGCCAGCUAUAUAAAUGUCAGUAAAUCUUACUUUUCUUUUUAAAGUAUGCAUAAUGGAACAUUCCACCAAUACAUGAUGCUCAGCUUUUCCCAAAUACUUUACUGUGUUCUGUCUAUACAGGUUAUUUCCCCUUUGUUCUGAAAUGCAACCACUGCAACUUGAGAAGUCAUUGCACUAUUUAAACAUCUUGGCAAUAGCAUGAAUCUACUUUGCUUAAGAUUUAGUACAUUUCAUAACACGUAAGCUCCUAAUACAUUGAGGUGAGAAAUGAAGCCUUCGUUGUGGGCAGGGGUUGUAGCUCAGCUGGUCGAAUGCUUGCCUAACAUGCAUAAUGCCCUGAGUUCCAUCCGCUGUACCACAUAAACUGGCUGUGGUGGCGCAUGCCUGUAAUCCCAGCACAUGGGAGGUGGAGGCAGGAGGAUCAGAAAUUCAAGGCCCUCCUCAACUACCUACUGAGUUUGAGGCCACCCUGGGAAACCUGAGGCACGAUCUCAAAUAGAAAAGUCUCUGUGGGUAGUUAUUUAGGCCCUAGCAAAGCACUGUCAUUUUCACUUGGAAUAUAUAAUGUUUUGUGAUGUAUUCUCAGUAGGGUUCGGAAUCUGCAACUCAACACCAAUCUGUUGAGUUUUAAAAUGUA